AUGGCACCGAUUGCGAUGUCUGACCUGAAGUCGCCUUCAUCAAUUGCUGCCGUCGACUCAACCGUUUUCCCGGCGUCAGAUGCCGAUGAGAGGUUGAAGAAACUAUGGCAACUCCACGGACAUCCUCAUAGCUCAAGAUUCUGUGACCCGAAUUUGACGAGUGUCGCAGCGUUGGUCGAGCAUAAUGCUGCAACCCAACCAGUCAAGCCGGCUUUCAUACAUCCUGUGGGCGACUCAUUUGAAGUGCUGGACUGGGCUCAGCUCAAUCAGUACUGCCUUACAGCGUCAGGUUUCUACUCUAAGCAGUUUCGAGGGGGCAUCGCUACUGCCAAUGAAAUCGGUCAGCAACCCACUGUCGCUCUCCUAGGUGUCGGGAACUCGAUCUCGUAUCUCAUCACCCAAUUCGCCCUAAAUCGUCUGCACCUUCGGGUCCUUCUCCUUAGCAACAAGAACUCUCCGGCAACAAGAGAUCACCUACUCAAAGUGUGCAACGUUGUUACAAUAAUCACCGAUGAGGCGAGUGAAGCUUCACUCCACGGUGAAAGCCCAUGUCAACUCCCGGUGACGAAACUCAUCAGCUUAGAUGAGUUGAGAGGGAAUGGCCUAGAAGUUUAUGAAGAACCUGGUAUGGGGUUUGAGACUGGUGAUGAGUGGAAUGUCCAGUCAAUGAUCAUCCACUCAUCUGGUUCCACUGGAGUGCCGAAACCAAUUAUCCACACGAAUCGGAGUCUGUGCCAGAUAGCGCGGAUGUACAGACUACUUCCAGAGUUCUUCAUUGAGAACUGGUAUCUGUGUUUUCCCUUAUUCCACGUAGCUGGGCUGUCAAUUGCAUUGUCAGGGCUCCCAACCGGUCUACCUACUUCUUUGCCUCCAACACAAUGGCCACCAGCUCCAAGUUCAAUCCUUUCUGCAUGGAAGUCCUUGGCAAGCCUCGGCUAUCCGCCCGACUGCCUUCACUGUGCGCCCUCAGUUAUCGAGGAUCUCUACGAAUACAUCACUCUCACUACCAAAGAUUACACUCCUCUGACGGACUUGAAGGUCCUACAACCCGGAGGAGCUCCGCUGUCCCCUUCAUUGCUGUCCAAACUCCAGAAAAUCGGCGUCAAUGUCAAAACAACAUACGGCACAACCGAAACCGGUCCGCCGCUACGGACGAUACCGCAUACGAGAGACAACCCAGACGUGUACCGCUUCCGCAACCUGUACCCAGAGUCGGAGUAUGUACGAAUGGAACCUAUUGCGGAUAACCUUUUCGAGUGCGUUGUUCAUCGCGGAUUCCCUCUCGCUGCAGAGCUCUGGCUUGAAGAGACUGCGCCGAACCCAUAUCGUACGGGAGACCUGUUCAAUGAGGAUCCCCCGGGGAGUGGCUAUUUCGUCCUCCAAGGCCGGCGAGAUGACAUUCUCGUGCACAGCAAUGGAGAGAAGACACAUGCCGCCGCUCUCGCUAUGGCGCUUGAAGAAGAUAAAACGGGCAUUGUUGCGAAGACUGCAGUCUUUGGUACAGGAAAGCCUUUCCCCUCCGUUGUUGUUGAGAUCAACUGGUCUGAGGUGGAGAAGCGGUCCAUAUCAGAAGCUGAUCUUCCUGAAGAGGUGUGGAAAGUGGUUGGGGUCUGCAACAAUAAUUCCCCGACAUACUCACGAAUUCCUCGUGAAACGGUUCUCAUUCUUCAAGAAGGGAAGACGUUACCAGUUACUCCGAAAGGGAACGUGCGACGGACGAUUGCUUGGGAGCUUUAUGGAGACAGAGUGGAAGAACUCUACAACUCAUUCCUGGGCACCAAGCUUGAUGCUGAUACAGAAGCCGCGUCAGUUCCUUCUAGGGACCCUGAUAUUUCGGAUCUUCAAACCAUCCAAACAGUCGUCGCUGAGGUUUUCCGUGUCCCUGUGGAUGGCCUCACGGAAGAUCAAAACUGGUACGAACUUGGCCUCGAUUCUUUGCGAGCUGUCGAUAUACGGUCAAGACUUGUGCAGAUAUUCGGGGCUUUUCCUCUGAUGUUCAUCUUCGAAUAUCCUACGGCAAAGAAGCUUCUCGAGUUCCUUCAACUGUUCAAAAGUGGUCUUAAUAGCAAUGCCCCGGCGGCCAGCAACCACUAUGAGUCGAUGCGGUCGACCAUACACCGCAUGAACAUCGAGAUCGACAACUGGCAAGUGACUCAAGCUCAACAGGAAGAUUCGAUAAGCGACGAGCAAGUCAUAUAUCUCACAGGAGCCAGUGGUGCUCUGGGAAACGCACUACUGGAAGUCCUGGUCCAGGUGCCAACUGUUCGAAAGAUUUACUGCGCCGUACGAGGAGCAGAUCCUCAAGCUCGAGUCUUGGGCUCCAUAAAAGAGAGAGGCUAUCCUACGAGCAUUUACCAAAGCGAGAAGAUUUUACCCGUCAGCUACGACAUGAAGGAUGGAAAGCUAGGUGUAGAUGAGCAGAUGUAUCAACGUCUGAUGAAUGAGGUGACUGAUGUGAUGCACAACGCCUGGAAACUAGACUUCAAUCAACCCAUUCAACAGUUCGAAGACGAUUGCCUGAGAGGAACUAUGCAUCUCAUGUCUUUUUGCCUCAAAGGGCUCAAGAAGACGUUCACCUUCAUGAGCAGCGUCGCCGCAGCAAUGGGAAGCCCCGCCGGCACCAAAGUGCCAGAAAUUCCACUUUCUCCGGAUCCUGCAAAUGCCCUUCCCACCGGAUACGCGCAGUCCAAGUUCAUCAUCGAGCAAGUCACGCAGCACUAUGCCUCUACACACAAUGUCCCUGUUCGCAUCCUCCGAGUUGGCCAGCUUUGUGGUCACUCAAGACUGGGAGCAUGGAACAAUACCGAGAUGUGGCCUACCAUGAUGAUGGUGGGACUAGAUCUCCUCAAUGCGAUGCCGACCUUACAGACUAACGUCGACUGGCUACCUAUUGAUUUCUGUGCUGAAGCCAUCAGUAAGGCGUUGAUUCACAACACUCCCGAGACGUCAUAUGCUGUGUACAACCUUAUCAAUCCAAGCGCGAUCUCAUGGGAACAGCUUGUUUCCAUGCUGGAAGAGGCUUAUGGACAGAACUUCCAACGCGUUGAAAUGAAGGAAUGGGUGUCUAGGUUAGAAGCAACUGCAGAAUCACAGGGCUUGGGUGUGAGGGAACUGCCAGCUCUGAAGCUCCUCGGUUUCUUUCAAUCCAUGGCUGAAGGCAAUGGUAACGGCGAGGGCGUGGGGUUUGAUGCGGGAAGCGUAGAGAAAGGAAGACGAAUUGAGGUGGACAUGCUUAAGAGAUGGCUGGAAGUAUGGCGUCAAACAGGUCACUUGAGAGAAUAGAGCGCCA